AUGCUUUAUCUCGCUCAUACUGGAAGUUGCCGCCGGUCCAACUAUCAGCCCACUCCGACCACCAACGAGCUUGUGAAGCGCGUGAAUGUUGAUCUCGCAGCGCUUUGGUCUAGUAUUCCUCAGACCCAACUUGUUCCGGUUGAUGGGCAAGAGCCCUAUACAUUGGAUCCCACGGUGCCGAAAUUGAUCUCGACGAAACAGUAUUAUGGCUGUACAGUCGUAAUCAUAGUUGAUGGCAAAAACGUACUAAUGGGACACUAUCUGGAGGCUAAAGGGAGGAUCGAGAUGAAUGACGAGACCUUGGGAUCAGCCCAGAAAACACAACAACACAUCAUAGACCGAAUUGAGGAACUCCAAGCUUGGGUUGAUGAAAGUGAACAUAGGCAUGCGUGGAUAAUUGCUCCCGAGGCGUAUAGGUUUGGAGCUGGAACGAAAUUGCUCACCACCCAUCUCUCAAAGAAAGAGGAAGACGGAGGUCUUGGAAUCCCCGCCUGUGAUGUUAUUUAUAGACCCUACACGAAGCCAGGUACCAUGACUUCAGACUUUCCGGGACAACCCAAAGGUAAGGCCGUAGUUCGUUGGACACCAAGACCCAAUGGUGCUGGCGCAACUCUCGAUGUUUUCAUUCACGACAACACUGCGGUCUUUUCCCAGAAUUAUGACGCUCACGGCAAUCCGAACCGAAAAAGGGAUGCAGAUUCUUGCCAAACUCCUGAUGAUGGAGGAGGAGGAGGAGGAGGAGGAGGAGGAAUAGGAGGCCUAUUCGGAAUGAUACCGCAUUUGACUUUGGGGGCAAAGCCUUCUCCAACACCAUCUUGCACAUAUAUGGGCCCAAUGCCUCCAGAGAAGCCUGACGGAAGCUGUGAGUGCGAUGGGAAGGACGGAUACCCUCUAACAACCUUGAAAGAAAACGUGGCCCCCGAGAGUAGCUGCGCCUGGAGUACGCUGCCUACGGGGGGUCCGACGACUGCGAAAAAUCCCUUGGGUCCUGCCACAACGGAUAAGAAAAGGUGCCAAGUAUGCACCAGGUAUGCCUACAACGAGGAUGAUUGCACUCCUAUACCCAACUGUGUGAAGCAAGUGGCGCAAGCGUCUGUCCAAGUAGGCACCUCGCCCGCCCAUGUUGGCACUUUGACGGAUAGUGCCCUCUCGACCUCCAUAUCAUCCGCGCUUGAGAAGCUCUGCCCCUCGCCAACCCUACCCAGUGUCACGGCCUGCAAGACUGAUAGCGUCUUCGUCGAAAACAUCGAAUACAGAGACGAGAAGAGCAACGAGGAGAAUAAAAACGGCAGACUCGAAGUCAAGGUAUCCGCUUCCUCGUACAACGACACAACGAUCCGAAAAGCGAUGAUCGAUGCGGCUGCCUUGACAGCCAUGCAAUCUGCUACCGGCUCCAAUUGCUAUGACGACGACAAAGUCGUAUCGAGGCCUGGAAAACUCAGGCGUGGCUUGAAUGCACUGGCAACAGCGUACAACUCCUUGGCCCCAUCAAAUCUCCCCAGAGCUUUCACUCCAGAGGCACUCCCCGAGACAAGACAUUGGUGCAGCGCGUCUUCCUUUGCCGGGGUGCAAUAUUAUGGUGAGUUCGCGAGAGUCUCGAAGGACAUAGGAUCAGCAACGAUGUAUCUGGACGCCGGUUGGAUGUUCGAGGUUGCGAAAGACUCCAAAUUCGACUGCGAGUUUCUCGGAAGUCUCAUUGAUGCUAUGGUUGUUGUGGCACCGCAGUUUGCGGUCGCGGAUCUGUCUUUAGGAGAGGCUAUCGCUGUCACUUGUGAUAUGGGCCAGCAGAUUGGUGGACAUAAGAAAAGGAAGCUCUUGACGCUCCCCUUUUACUCCUGA